CUUGUGUACCCUGCAGGCCAGUGUAUUGGUUACUUUCUGCUGCUGUAGUGAACCAUGGAUGAAAACAACUUGGGGAGGAAAGGUUUCAUUAGAUUUAUACUUCCACAUCAUAGCCAUUGCAGCAAGUCACAGCAGGAAGCAAGCAGGAAGGAACCUGGAGGCAGAGACUGAAAAAGAGAUCGCAGAGGAGUCCUGCUUAAAGGCUUUCCGUGCCUCUCGGUGUGCUGUGGUUUCUCCUCUGGAAGGAGCAUCGCUGAAAGUUGAGCCUCACUUCUCCAGAACACUCCUGAGAUUCACCAUCGAGUUUGUGAAUUAAACCUUGGUCUUAGCAUGACUGCCAGGGAUUCAGGGGACUUCUAGGUGCAGGAUUCUGAGUGACAACCAUAAUCAGCGGAUUAAAAAGAAAUCUGGUCACUUGGUGUACAAAAGGCUUAUUGGAGAUUUUUGUGCCCAGAGGGGAAUUAAUUUCAACACAGUGGCAGAAGAUCUCUGAGAUCAGCAAUUCCUAAUCAACUCACAGGAUGGAGACAGCAGUCUAUGCUAGGAGUACCAGGAACGAGAAGGUUUUGAACUGUUUGUAUCAAAAGCCGGAUGCACUUUUCAAACUGAUCUGCUUUCCCUGGGCAGGAGGCGGCUCCACUCAUUUUGCCAAGUGGGGCCGAAAGAUUAAUGGCUUGCUGGAAGUGCAUGCUGUAAGACUGGCUGGAAGAGAAACCCGACUUCAAGAACCUUUCUCAAAUGACAUCUACCAGAUAGCUGAGGAAAUUGUGACUGCCCUGUUGCCCAUCAUCCAUGACAAAGCGUUUGCAUUUUUUGGCCACAGUUUGGGAUCCUACAUUGCUUUUAUUACUGCACUGCACCUAAAGGAGAAAUAUAAAAUGGAGCCGCUGCAUAUCUUUGUGUCCAGUGCCUCUGCCCCUCAUUCAGUAUUCCGGCCUCAAGUUCCUGAUCUUAACAAAUUGUCAGAAGAACAAAUAAGAGAUCACCUUCUGAUUUUUGGAGGCACUCCCAAGCAUCUCAUCGAAGACCAGGAUUUUCUGAAGCAAUGCAUUCCUUUGCUGAAGGCAGAUGCUGACAUUGUGAAAAAAUUCAUCUUUGACAAACCCUCCAAAGCUCUUCUUUCUCGGGACAUAACGGGCUUUAUUGGAUCUGAAGAUGUAGUGAAGGAUAUAGAAGGAUGGAAAGACAUAACCAGUGGGAAGUUUGAUGUCCUCAAGCUGCCAGGUGACCACUUUUAUCUGAUGGAACCGGACAACGAGGACUUUAUCAAGAACUACAUAGCCAAGUGUUUGGAGCUCUCCUCACUAGACUGCUUCUAGAUGAGUUUUCUCUGGGGUUUCUAAUAUGCAAACUGAUCACAGGCUGUUCCUCCAGGUCCAGCUUUUAGUUCUUAGAGGUCGGAAAGAUGCGUAUUAAUGAAUUUCUUCAUGGAACAUUUAUCUCUCUGGGGAAAGGACACGGGCUGAAGUGGAGCAGAGGCAUUAUUGGGAGUUGACAGUUGCAGAGGGAAGAGGGGGUGGGUUUUCUUUGGGGGACUUUGCCACCAAUAGGUUACCGAGUCUCCAGUAAAUGACACCACACCUUGUAGCACAUGCAGGCAGCUCUAAUUGGACUCUGAAGCUGGGAGGCAGGGAUGUCCGUCACAGGGGUUGGAAAGGCCAGCGGGAAGUGGGUAUGAUCAAAACGCACUGUUUACACUUGGGAAAUUUUCAAAGAAUAAAUAAAAAUAUUGCUAAAGAAA